AUGCUUCUUUGGAUCAAAUUGGAUUCAAAGCGGCAUCUUCGAUUCCAGAAUCAGACCUCAAAUGAGAACGUGAAUAAUGUAUUGGUCGAAAUUGAGACCAAUCUGUUGCCAUUGGCCUUGGAGAAUGAUGUCCAGGUCACCGAGGGCUCUCUAUUCCACUGUAACAAGAGCCCUGGUGGUAAAUUGCAUUUCCGAAUGGCCUUUGCGGCUGCCCUUGAAGAGGAUUUGGGAGAGGGGGUUGAGAUUUUGCGGGUGCACUGA